AUGACCCGGAGGCGGUCUAGCGUCACGUACCCAACAGGUCUUGUCGUAGUCUCCUCUCCCCCACUCGCGACCCUCGAGCCUGUGCGAUCCGGAGGUUCGGACGACGACUUGACGGUCUUGACGGCCUCGUCGCCGCCACCUGGCACCGCACCCUUGGCGGUGGCUUACCCCACCGAUAAGAGCGACCUCCCGCGCGUGUCGACCACCACGUCCGCGACAUGCAUUACUGUCGGCGGCCUGUCAAAGGAGGCCCUCUCGCUGUCCCACGCCGAAGCGGGUGGCAUGGUCCAAAAGCAUCCCCAGCCUUUCACCUGGUCGCGGUGGGCUGGGGAGAGCGUCGCUACCCAGGCACUCGUCCCAGCCCUUAUCACCCAGGCGCUCGCGACGGGUAUCCUCGACGCCACUACCUACGCCGACUUUUCGACAUUUGCCUCCAACCAGACUGGUAACGCAAUCCUCCUCACCCUCUCGGCUGUGGGCACCAUCGAGGUGCGGCUGCUGCUCACGGGUGUGAGCUUUGCGGGCUUUCUGGGGUGUGCAUUCCUGUUUGGCCACAUUGGCCACUGGGUCGGUGUCCGCCGCCGCGCAUGGCUCCUGUGCUCGACCUUUUUCCAGACCAUGUGUCUCGUCAUCUCUGCCAUCCUCGUCUCCCCCGCGGGCCCGCGCGCCACUGCGCUCGGCGGACAGCACGAAUGGUUCAUUCUUUUCCUGUUUGCGGCCAUGUCGGGCUCCCAAGUCGCCAUGGCCCGCCAGAGCAGCUGCCAGGAACUGCCCACGGCGCCCAUGACAUCUACCUUUGUCGACUUUGUGGCGGACCAGUACCUGUUCGCUGCUUGGGGCGACCCGAAGGCGACCCCGCGCAACAGGCGCAUCGCGUACGUCAUCUCCAUGAUUGGCGGCUCGUUUAUCGGCGCCUGUCUCCACCGGUACUCGAGCAGCUGGGUUGUGGUGGUCGUCACGGUCGUAAUCAAGCUGGGCGCCAUGAGCUUGCUCCUGUUUGCACGCCCUGACGAGCCAGAGUUCGCAGAAUAG